AUGCAAGAAAGAACAAAUCCCACAAAUUUAAAAAAAGCUGACCGAGAAAUUUGUCUUUCUUCUUCAGGUGUUCGAAAUGAUGAAAAAAUUCUUCCGGGCCAAACAGCUGGCCUGGACACGCCAACUGUUGAUAACGCGGAAAUGGUUUACAUUUCUUCAUUAGCGUUGCUUAAGAUGUUAAAACAUGGUCGUGCUGGAGUACCCAUGGAAGUUAUGGGAUUAAUGUUAGGAGAAUUCGUAGACGAUUAUACAGUUAGAGUAAUAGAUGUAUUUGCAAUGCCUCAAAGUGGUACGGGCGUAUCUGUGGAAGCAGUUGAUCCCGUAUUCCAAACCAAGAUGUUGGAUAUGUUGAGACAAACUGGACGUCCAGAAAUGGUGGUCGGUUGGUAUCAUUCUCACCCCGGAUUUGGAUGUUGGUUGUCUAGCGUUGAUAUUAAUACUCAACAGUCUGUUAAAGGAAAAGUUGUUAUUGAUGCAUUUCGUUUGAUUAAUCCUCAAAUGUUAAUGCUUGGUCAAGAACCACGACAAACCACAUCAAAUAUUGGACAUCUUAACAAACCAAGUAUUCAGGCGUUAAUACAUGGAUUGAAUCGUCAUUAUUAUUCCAUCGCGAUCAAUUAUCGAAAAAAUGAGUUAGAACAAAAAAUGUUACUAAAUUUACAUAAGAAAAAUUGGACUCAUGGAUUAACGUUACCAAAUUUCACCGAACAUACCGAAAAUAACGAAAAAUCCGUUAAGCAUAUGCUUUCUUUAGCUGAGGCUUAUAAUAAAUCAGUACAAGAGGAAUCGACAAUGACAAGUGAUCAAUUGAAAACUCGUCAUGUAGGUAAACAAGAUCCUAAACGACAUUUAGAAGAAAGUGUGGAAGAAGUUAUGUCAAAUAAUAUUGUAAUGGCAUUGGGAACAAUGAUUGAUUCAGUCAGUUUUUAG